UUUGACACCAACUUCUUUGUGUUGUCCAGGUCCUGUAGGUGGCGCUCUGUAGGUGGAGGAGGUGAUGCAGCGGUUGUGGGCUCCAGUCACGGUGCGGCGCAUGGUCCUGCUGCGCUCCGCGUACCUGGGUCACACCUGGGAUAAGCGUGAGCUUCCUGUGACCGUCCAGAUCUCACGCUGCUUCAGUUGCACUAAUGUCAUCAGGACGAAGGAGGGCCACAAAACGUCCACGGAGGAAGAAACGCCAUUAAACCCUCCGCAGAGUCUAGCUGGGACUGAGGGUCUUUAUAAGGCUGAUACGGGGUCUGCCCCUCAGAAUAAGGGUGACGUCGACCCUCUGCAGGACAAGUCUAUCGGGCUCUUUCAGAGAUUUAAAAAGACGUUUAAACAGUAUGGUAAAGUCAUGGUGCCUGUGCACAUCGUCACGUCCACUGUGUGGUUUGGGAGCUUUUAUUAUGCUGCAAUGAAUGGGGUGAAUCUGGUCCCGUUUUUGGAGUUCAUCGGUUUACCGGAUUGGAUGGUGGGAAUUUUGCGGGAUUCCCAGGGUGGUUAUGCACUCACAGCCUAUGCAAUGUAUAAGCUCGCUACUCCUGCACGGUACACUCUUACACUGGGUGGCACGUCCCUGUCUGUACAGUACCUCCGCAAACAUGGAUAUCUCUCCACCCCUCCGCCUGUUAAAGAGUACCUUCAAGACAAAAUGGAGGAGACCAGGGAACGACUGACUGAAAAAAUGGAGGAGACAAAAGAGAGGUUUUCAGAGAAGAUGGAGGAAACCAAAGAACUGCUCUCAGAACGAAUGGAGGAGACCAAAGACAAGUUUUCUGAGAAACUGCAGGAGACGAAAGACAAAAUUACUUUUCGUAAGAAAGCCGACUAGGCUGCAUGGCAAUGGGAAGAGAAUGUGGAAUGUUUCACACAAUCAAUAAUUGCUGUCACAGGGUAUUUGGUGUUGACUUAAAGGGAUAGUUCAGCUGAAAAUGAUUAACCUUCUCCUGCUGAAAACAAAAGAUGAUCUUUUGAAAAAUGUUUUUUGUCCAUAUAAUGCAAGUCAGUCGAGUCCAAAUCAACUUUGGACCCCAUUGACUCUUACUGUAUUGACAAAAAAGUCUUCUGUGUUCAUACAGGUUUAAAAUGACUUGAGGGUGAGUAAAUUUUUGGGUGAACUAUCCCUUUAAGCAAUGCUCACACAAGAUCCAUCAUCAUGUCGAAAUGGUUUCCAUGCACUUAAAUCUGCAGGUUGAGUGUUUUGGAAAGAAGCAAACUUGAACUAGCAAUAAUACUAGAAUUAUAUUAAGCCAAAAUCAUGUUAAUUGUGUUUGUGUGAAUGUAUUUUACUUCAACAGUUUUAAGUAUUCAAAAGUAUUUCUACUUGGUUAUCAAGUAAUAAUUAAAUAUCAGUAUCUAUUUGAUAUUUAGUUCUUUUCCAUUUUUUUCCAUAUAUGCGUUUGCUAUUUGAGUUCUUGUGCAUAUUGCCUACAGUCAUCCAGACUGUACAAUGUCUUGAAUUGCACUGUGUGGACUGCUUAAAAACUCAGUGGGUAAUUGAUUGCCCACUCCAAAUGCAUUACUGUACUGAAGCUGCUAGUUUUUUAGUCUAAACACAAAUCACCUUAAUAUGCCAAUGCUCAAUGAGAGAAUAAUAAAAUUGUUGAUAUGAAAA